AUGGCGCUCCCUCGCAAGAGCGUCCUCUUUUCCGCUCUGUGCCUCGCGCUCUUGGUCGGCUUUGUCCUCGCCGGCCAUGAGCAUGAGCACGUCGAGAGCCUCACAGGCGUCGACGUGGGCAAGCUGAGCCUUGACGAGCUUGACGCCCAGCUCCAGACCUGCCCCAUCGUCAAAGACCUCAACGCUGCCAAGCACGCCCACCACGCCGCAGCUCCCUCCUCCCUCACCGCGCGCCUCUUCGCCGUCCUCUUCCCCGGUUCCCCAGCCGUCAACGCCCUACUCGCUACUCUCUACAUCUCAGGUCCUCCCAACUUCCUCCUCGCCCUAUGCCCGACCAACAUCGACCCCGCCUCCUUGUCCGUCAUGGUCGCCUUCGCCGUCGGCGGUCUCCUCGGAGAUACCCUCUUCCACCUGCUUCCCGAGAUCUUUGUUGGUGAGGAUCACGAUGAGUCUGUCAAGUUUGUCCUUGUCGAGCCCAACCGCAACCUCAUCCUUGGACUUGGCAUCUUGGUGGGCUUCAUGACCUUUGUUGCUAUGGAUAAGGGUCUCCGAAUCGCUACCGGUGGAGCGGGACAUGACCACUCGCACGGACAUGGUGAUGCGCACUCGCACUCCGAAGACAAGGCCAUCUCAACUGGUGUGGAUGCUACGGAUUCUGUCGUCAAGUCGCGCAAGAAGGGCAGCGAGGACAAGGGCGCUGUUGUCGCCAAUGCCGUUGAGAACACUGAGAAGGAGAUCAACCCCAGCGUCAAGCUUGGCGGUUACCUCAACCUCAUUGCCGACUUCACCCACAACAUCACCGACGGUCUCGCCAUGUCUGCCAGCUUCUACGCCUCGCCCACCAUUGGCGCUACCACUACCGUUGCCGUCUUCUUCCACGAGAUCCCCCACGAGGUCGGCGACUUUGCCCUGCUCAUCCAGUCCGGUUUCUCCAAGCGUGCUGCCAUGGGUUCGCAGUUCAUCACUGCCCUGGGUGCUCUUCUCGGUACUCUGAUCGGCAUUGCUAUUCAGGAGUUUGGUGGCCCCAGCGACGACGUGCCCAUGGGCCGCAACGAGGGUCUCUGGGGAACCAGCUUGUCUUGGGGUGAUAUGCUUCUCCCUUUCACGGCCGGCACCUUCCUCUACGUCGGAACUGUGGCCGUCAUCCCUGAGCUCCUUGAGACCGGUCCCAACAAGGCUCAAGAGCUCAAGAAGACACUAAUUCAGUUCACGGCUGUUGCCGUGGGUGCCGGCAUCAUGCUGUACAUUUCUUGGCACGAUUAG